UCUUACAAAGACGACCUAGAUUAUUUUUCAUGUUUUUUCAUUUUUAGUGGCAAUAUAGUGAAAAAAUGUAAAUAUCUUAUUCAGAUUUGGGUCAGUAGUGUUUGCAAAAGUCCCAUCAUCGAUUUGUUAAAAACGUAAAUCAACAUCGUUGGUUUUUUCAGUGAAGAAUUUGGAUCAAUACCGGCAAACAUGGGCCUCUAGAUCAAGCAGCCACGAUCAGACACUAACAUGAUCUUUACGAUACUGUACAUGUACGCAACGGUUUUACAGUGGUGGCGCUUGGGGUCUCUGAAGAAUAAGCUCAGCGGGACGCUCAGCUCCCAGAAUGCCCUCUUGGUGUGCGACGAGAGCGUCGUUUACGACACCAGGAAGGUUAGGAGUUUCGAGAACUUGCUCUUCAGACGGGACGACAGGAUAGGGUGCACCGUGGUGCCCAGGCAAAAAGUCAACUUGUCGCAUUGGGCGUGUUUCCCAAAGGAUUAUCGGUACUUCCCCAUAUAUUUCACUGCUACCAGAGACAGGAUCGGGUCUCCACACGUAUACGUAUUGGUGCAAGCGAUGUUGGAGAGUUAUAUGAGACACUCCGCAGCCUCUUUACAGGUGGAGAACUUCGGGGAGCUGGUAGCGUGGAAGGUUACCGACUACUUCGAGGCUAUACUGAAAACCGACAUCGACAAGCUGACGAAAUUAGUACACUGCUACUCUCAGAGUCCCGUCGAUAUUAACCACGAGCUGAAAUUGUUAAAAAUAGAAACGGUGGAUAUCGAAGGCGUGGCGGCUAAGAUAAGGUACGAGCGAAAGUUUCCCAAGGAUAACAUUUUGAAAUACUCUUACGCCCCCGUCCACUGGAAGAAGUUCGUGGAAAGCCUCAAGGAAAUCUACGCCAAGCUCAGGGACUCUACGAACCCGAAGAUUAUGAUUGAAAAUGGCGCUGCCAAGUCCGAGGACGUAAAAAAGGUCCCCGUCAGCGAGGUCAAGCCCAUAAAAAAGGACAACAAGAAGUCGGAAGACAAAAACACGUUGGAAGUAGGUUCGAGCGAUUUUAGACGUCACAAGUCCGGCGACCACAAGCGGGAGAAGAUCGCUGCCAAGAGCGAUGCUUCCAAAAUCGAGAAAUCUCCCGAACAGAAGCACAAGGACGGCAAGAUUGGUAAAACAGAGAAGGAAACUAAGAAGGACGAGAAAGAGAAGCACCGUAAAAAGGACGAGGAAGUGAAGAAAGACAGCAAAGACGGUCCGAAGCCUACGAAAGAGCACGUAGAAGCGAAAAAGAUGAAAGCUUCUGGAAAAACGCACAAGAAGGACCGAGAUCCCACCAAACUCGAACGGGCCAGGUCCAAGGCCGACUUGGAAGUCGCAGGGAAAAGCACCGAGAAACCUCCCGAGCAACGGACGAAAGACAAGGGUAUCACGAAGAGAACCACCAGUUCGGAGAAGAAAUUAGUGAAAAGCGUCGCGGUUUGCGAAGAUGGUGACGUGAAAGAAAAGAGCGAAACGAAAGAUCCCGCGGGGAAAACUAAGGAGAAAUUGAGGAAUGGGGAUGCUAACGGACACCACGCCGCACACAACGGUUCGUUGUUCACGAAGUACAAGGGCGUGAAGCCACCGAACAUUCUCGUGUAUGCCGACAGCGUCGUGGCGAAAGAAAACGUUAAAGGCGUGCUGUCCACCAUGCUGAAUAAAGAGAAAUAUACAAUUUAUGAUUUGCCGAUGACGCCGAACCAAACAGUGUGGAACGGCUCGACCGUACUGGUGGUAGUUUGCGGUACGGUACCGCCGAGUCUAACGUUCCACUUGCUCCAGUAUUUAUUGAGCGGCGGCCAGUUGCUCUGCCUCUGCAGCGAUUUACUCUACAGCGUCUUACACACCUUUACCACCGCCGAGGUACGAGAGCACGAAUUGGUACGGUUCACCUACGGCAAGUGGCGGCAGGUGAGGAUGAUGCACCACAUCUUCUGCUACCAGGCCUCGCCUGCCAAGAAGCAGUUCUCGAAGGACUCGGAUCAUUCCAACCAGAGUAGCGGCAACGGAUCGAGUCCUAUAGCACCCAGGACGCCGUCGGCGGUGGAGAUCCAACACAACGGCAAGGACUACACGAUUCAGGUGCAGGUGUUGGGGACGGAGGAGACUUGGCAGACUCCCAGCCUGCUUCUCGCUACGGUUAAGGACGGAGAGGGACGGGCCAUAUUUUCACAGGUCCACUUGGAGAUAGACCCAAACGAGUACGAAGACGAUGAGAAUAAAUUCGCGGCCUUGAAAGACAGUGAUCAGGCUCGAAUGGAAAUCCUCAGGGAUAUCCUGUCGAAUCACUUGGACGUAGAUUGUACUCUGGCGGCGGAUAUCGCUUACACCCCUGCUUACUUUUUGGGAAGGCAUGAUCUGAAGCUCGGUCUGUUAUCCGACUGCGAACACAUCAAGGAAAAUACUCUGGUUAGUGAUAAGUUGACCGUAAAGUUCUGCGGUAAGGACGAGAAGGCCGAUGCCCCCAGUAGCUCGUUUCUACCGGUGUUUAUACAUUCCUGUCCCUCGAAUUUCUCUACCGUCAAUUAUUUCGAGGCGUUAGAAACCGAGCAAAUCGGAAGACUCGUGCUUUACUGCGACGUGCUUGGCAGCUCCCAAACGGUACUCUCGAAGACCUUAACGCACGGACUGGUGGUCAUACCAAGGCAGCAAACACAGGGCAUCGGAAGGUCGAACAACGUUUGGAUCAGCCCGAUCGGCAGCGCAAACUUCUCCCUACAGUUACAUAUCCCCACGGCAUCGCCUUUGUAUAAAUACCUGCCGUUGACCCAACAGAUCGUGAUGGUCGGAGUGGUUCACGCCCUCAAAAAAUUCAACGGGUGUCAGGAUCUUAAAAUCGGGAUCAAGUGGCCCAACGAUUUGUACGCCAACGGAAACGUUAAAAUCGGAGGACUGUUGGCGACUUCGUUUGUUAACGAGGACGUGGCGGUUAUAAAUAUCGGUUGUGGAAUAAAUCUGGACAAUUCUAACCCUACGACGUGCGUCAACGAUCUCAUCAGAGAAGCGAGUCCUGAAAGCGCUAAUACGAUUCACUACGAGGCGUAUUUCGCUGCCGUCUUCAACGAGACGGAGAAGCUGCUGAACAGUUAUCAAAAAGGGGAUCCCGACGCCUUUUUCGAUCUCUACUACAAGUACUGGCUGCACAACAAUUCCGUGGUUACGAUCACCGCCAAGGAGGGCGAGAGGAAGAAGGCGAGGGUCGUGGGGAUAGACGAGUUCGGGUUCUUGAAGGUAAGGUCGGACGAGGGUGCAAUAGUUUCCGUCCAACCCGACGGGAAUGCUUUCGACAUGCUGGAAGGCCUGAUCUCUCCGAAGGCUUUUUAAAGACUAGAAUCUCGCGACAGGGGUGGUCUUCGAUAUGGUGAUAUUUUUUCUGUGUCUAUUUGUAUUUCCCUUUUUUUAUAGACGGUUUUUUUAUUUCCGUCGCGGUUUUUAUAGUGAUUUAUGAAGUUUCAAGAUAUAUAUUUUGUAUGGUUACGAUUAUACAGGCCAACCCCAUAUUUUUAUAUCGUCCGUGUCUUUUCAAAUCGCCUAUAUUGUGUCACUGGAUGUUCGUCGUAUAUUUUUCUGCCUUUGAAUGUCUGUACAAGUGUUUUGUUGAUGUUAUGUAGUCGGUAAGUGUUGAGCGACUUUUUCCGAUUAAAUCUUGUGUUUUUUUCUA